AUGACCAACCUAUGUUGCGGCUUGUUCGGCCGCUCGUGCGACAAGCCAGACGAGCCCGCCGAUAACAACGCACCGAGGCCGACCGCUCAGCACGCAGAGUCGGCGGCGGCGAAAUUGACGGCCCCACGCAUGAGAGGUCGCGGCCGUACUCAGAUACCCAAGCUGCCCUACGGCCCGACUCAGCCUUUGCCUGACACGGAAGCCCCAAAGGAAACUGGCGGGCUCGCUGAUACAUCCAGCUUCUGCUCUGUCGUUAAAUCCUGCGAUACAGCGAGUCAAAACAUCCAUGACGUGGUCCCGUCUCUGCCUGCACCUGACGCUGCUCUCAGGCAGCCUUGCAGCGACAUCGACGCGUCUUUGGCGCAGCCGUCGCCUACUCUGCAGGCGACCGCUGAUGAAACGGGCAAAUCGAGUCAUGAUGCAGCCUCCAAGACGGCCGACGAGCCUUCAUCAUCUCCAGCUGCCACCAGCGCCGAAGCUCUCUGGCGCGAUGCGUAUCGGCAGCUCUCAGAAACAGAGGAAGACCUGAUCAAGGGCUAUGAAAAGAAUGUGCACAAAUAUUUCCUAAGUACUAGUACCACCACCGGCGAGGCGGCAGCGAUUCAACAGCCCGUCGUCGACCUGUCGAGUCCAGCGGGCGUCGCAGCGGUGGUCACGGCGCUCGAGGACCGCCGCAAGGAGAAGCAGCUUCAAGUCACGAUCCGGUGCAAGAAGUACGUUGUUCGGGAACAAGUGGAAAAGAUUAUCAAAGUAGUGAAGCUGGCGGAUGGAGGCGUCAAAGCCGCUAUGAGCGUUCAGCCCUACGCGGCCCUUGGCUGGUCAAUUCUGUCCGCCAUUAUUCCGCUGCUCCAGAGCAGCUUUGACAGUAAUGCGGCUAUGAUCAAGGGUCUUGCCACUAUUGCCGAGCUUAUACACUACUGGAGAAACUUUGAGAUCCUUUAUUUGCCGAGCAUGUCGUCCGAGGCCUACAAAUCACUCUGCAGUCCAUUGUCUAACCUAUACGCAAAUAUGCUCAAGUAUCAAUUCACCGUCGUCAAUCACCUUUCCAAGAAUCAGGCUUCUCGUGGCGGCAGUGCUCUACUCGUGGCCAACGACUGGAAGGACAUGGAAGAGGCUAUUUCUGCCAUGGAUGAGCGUUGCCGUUUGCAUAUUGACGCGUUUCAAGAGUCGCAAAUCAAGGUCCUAGUGGAAGAAGAGGGCCGCAAACUUGAUCGCCUUUGCCGCGUGACGGAGGAGAGCUCUGAAAAGGUCGCACACAUCUUAUUCGAGAAUAGACAGCAGAAAAUAGCGGAUAAUUUGUUCGAAGCGCUCAAAACGGCGGCGGGGGACUAUGUUAGCGGUAAAGAUAUCAACACCGAACCAGUCCCCGGAACGUGCGUCUGGUUCUUCAAUGGUGAUGCCCUUGAGCGGUGGCGCGACGGCCACAUGUCCGGCAUAUUUUGGGUCACCGCAGGCCCUGGUUGCGGCAAGUCUGUUCUCGCAAAAGCCAUGAUUGACUCGAACCUGAACAGCACUCUUGUGACAGUGAACUUGUCGGCAGAUACAUUCAAAACGCGAGAGAUGCACGUAUGCUACUUCUUCUUCAAGGAGGGCGAGACCAAGCGCACAACAGUCACGGCCGCGCUUUCUGCGAUGCUUCAUCAGCUACUAACAUAUCAGGCCCCAGCGGGUGCCAUAGACGCAGCUAUUACCGAGUAUCGAAAGCACGGGCCGCCCAUGACCGAAAGCCCCAGUGUUCUAUGGAGUGUUCUCAAGAGCUGCGCUCAGGCUGUUCCUCACAGAGACAUUGUUUGUGUACUGGAUGCCCUUGAUGAGUGUAAGGGCGCGGACCGCGAAUGGCUUGUUCAAGAACUCUACACCUUUUAUGACGACCCCUCGCCCUUGGCAAAGAACCUCAAGUUCUUCAUUACGAGUAGGCCAUACGAUCACAUUGAGCUCCUGUUCCGGGAUCUGUCGAAAACAGUGCACUAUUUUCGUUUUGAGGCCGACGACCACCUUGACGAUAUUGCCUACGACAUUGGCCUUGUUAUUGACAAAUACGUGCAGAGUUUUAGCAAUGACUUGGACGAGGAGGAUCUUGCAACAUUUGCGGACAGCUUGAAAAGUAAACGCAACAAAACCUAUCUGUGGCUGUGCUUGACUAUCGACAUCAUCAAGCAUAGCCCAAGCCGUUAUAGCAGCCGCGCGCAGCUUGAAGCCUUGGUGGAGCGGAUUCCUGACGCCUUGGCCGAUGCCUACGAGUCGAUCCUAAGCAGAACUGAGGAUCAAGAGAUGGCCGAAGCAUUAUUGGGUAUGGUCCUCGCGGCGGAGCGGCCGUUGACGGUUGAGGAAGCCAACCACGCUCUCGCAUAUGCCCUGGCCGACGCCGACGCCGAGGCGGAGCCCAAGCCGUGGCGCGGCGAUAUCAAAUCAAAAAUCAUAAACAUCUGCGGACUCAUCAUCACCAUAUAUCAAGACGAACUGCACUUUAUCCACUUGACCGCGCGGGAAUUCCUUGUGCAGCCGCGAAAGCUACAGCCUGCUGGAAAGGCAUGGAGGGAAAAUUUUGAAGCACACGAAAAGAUACCAUAUCAUCAUGCGCUAUCGUUGUACGCCGCUAACUCUUGGCAUCGCCACUAUCGUGCAUCAGGCGAGUCGGUCAUGACUCAGACACUCAAGCAGACUCGCCUGUUGUGUGACCCUGAAAGCCCGUCUUGUAAAUCGUGGUUUAGUAGAGACCGCGAGGUGUGGAGGUAUCUGUAUGAUCAACUCGAGUUCUGCCAUCUGCCCAAACUUGACUUGGCUAUACGCCAUGGCCUGAAUUUUGUGGUGCAAGACAUUCUACGCGAUGAUGAUGUCGACAUUCAUGAGAUUGGUAUACAUGGCACAGCAUUACAUGCCGCAGUACGCAGUAAGAGCAAGGACCUAUGUUUACUCUUGAUUCGACACGGCGCGGACGUUGACGCCGUCGCCACACACCACGGCGUUUAUUGCACGCCGCUCUAUGAAGCUGCCUGCAUCUAUAAGAACGUCGAGCUGACAGAUUUGCUGUUAUCUCACAACGCAGAUCCGCUAUUCAAAAUUCAACUGCCUGAUGGCAACCUCUCAAUGACAGCACUGGACGAUGUUGAGGACAAGGAGCUUUUUAAGAUGAUGGCGGCGAAAGUGGCAAACAUUGCUUCGCCCGAAGCCAUACUCUCUGCUUUUGAAAACGAGUUUUCGAACUGCAGUCGGACUUGCCAAGUGUUACUUUUAGAUCUGUUACCGGAGCGGAUUCUCGGCCAAGAGUCAUUCCUCACCCCAAAAGUGAUAUUGACCUUGCUCAGUCAUAGGCUUGUAAGCAUUAGAGCGAUCCCACUCAUCGUUCAACUGAAAGAUCUGAGCUUCAUUUUCAAGGAUGAAAUGUUUCGGUUGCUUCUUUUGGCCUUGAUGCGCACGGAUGUGGAUAUUUCCCAGCGUAUUGAAGUUUUUUUGGAAGAGAACCCUUCCUGUGUUUCUUUCAUCACGCCCAACAUGGUGGCAGAUGCAGCCGAACUGAGUAGCGUAGCCACUCUGAAAGCACUUAUCAAGCAUUGCCCAGCAGACACUCAUGACAAAAAAGAGCUCUUGCUCAAAGCAACACAGAAUGACAGGCAUAGUAUCGACAUGGCGACUGCACUCGUUGCCGAUGGCGUGGCUUGGGCAAACGACGAAUCACUGCAGAGGAGGGUGCUGCGGAACCCCUAUCCCGAGCUUCUGGACAUGUUUGAGCUGAUCCCUCAAUACAGUCUGCCUAUUGCACGCCAACUAAUCCAUGUGGUUAUAUAUAAUGGGUUCUGGCCCUCGCGAAACGUGGUUCCUGCAAUUCGACGGAUCAUACAGCGCUCCCCUCCUGAUGAUGUCGUGGUCACAUUUAAGCAUCUCUGCCAAGCCGCCCACUCUGGAGAUGGCGACCUAAUGCAGCUUCUACUGGGAAAAGCGACACCUAUUGGCCAGAAAGAAAGCAGCCUUGUGACUCUCUUUCGUGCUGCAGCCGGCAAUUACAUUUACGCAACAGACGUGUUUCAGGUACUGCUCGACAAGUACGGUUCCGAAUCCGCCGCCGCGCCAGCAGUUAUGCGUGCAGCGCGCCCAGAAGCCUUGAAGCUGAUGCUGGAGAGCUUUCCGGACAAGUUGGAACUUAGCCCGGCUGUAGUCAUGUCGCCACUAGAUUCAGAGGUAUUGCAGGUACUGCUUCAAUCAAAGCCGCACGAUACGAUAGUAAACUUAACGGCAACGUUACGUAUGCACCCAUAUAUGGAGAGAGAAGAAGUUUUGGAACUUAGACGCCCUCCCAUCGACGAGUCUACUUUACGCCGCAUUGGAAACGAAGACAUGGCACUUGACGCGCUCGAGUUCCCGACAGGCCUAAGCAUGGCCUGCAGGAAAGUUGCUCUGCGAGUUCUGGCCGACGCUGCCGGGGACGAACUGAGCGACCAGAUUGUGGCUGCCAUUAUACAACUCGACACGGCGCAGCUCGAGAAGGUUGAGAAAUAUUGCCCGCGCAAGCUCCGACAGCCAUCAAAUAUCGUCGCGAUGACGGCAGCAAAUGGCAAUCUAGACGCUCUGCGUGAGCUGAAAGCUCUCUGCGGUGCUUCUGUAGACGGAUACGAAGAAUUAUGCCGUCUUGCCGAUUUCCGAAGCAACAUUCGGCAUGGGCACGUUGAUCCCAAAGACGGGCCAGACGAGACGAUGCUCAGAGCAAAAGACGCGCACGGCUUGACCGCACUGCACACUGCGGCUGCCCACGCGGCGCCGGAGGUGGUGCGGUAUGUUCUAGAACGAGACCGUACACUCAUCAACGAGAGAGACCGUAGAGGGUGGACAGCGCUGCACCACGCUGCCGUGCGGCGCAACGUGGCCAUUGUCCAAUUACUGGUCGACGCGGGCGCCGAUAGAAGCGCGGCAGGUACUUUUGGAGAAACAGCAGCGCUUCUCGCGUGGCAGAGCAACAACCUUUUACAGACACUGCGAGGCAAUAAUAAAAGAGUGGAUGGAUUCAGCUCCCGCUGGUCCGUCGACAGUGAAUUUGGCGACGAGAGCGACGACGGGAGCGACGACGAAGAAGCAGAGCUAACGGAAGUUUUGAAGGAAAUACUCACUAUUCUUGGUGAGCCUGAGUAUAACGGUCCCUGGCAACUGACGAACUAG